UUAACAUGAUCACAUAUUUCGCAAUGCUUAUGAAACGUGUGCUAUAAAAUAAACGUUAACUUACCCACGCGAUCACCCGUUCAAAAAGGAAUAGCUGAGGGCAGUCUACCGCAAAUAUACGAGUGUACAUGGUUGUGAAUCUCGCAUGGAUACUCAAGAUAAUACACACAACACAGAACCUGACAGGAAGUUUCUCUUAAAGCAAGCACAGCUACCGCCUAAGCAUUCUUUCGAGGCAACUAAAGAUAGAACAAAAACUCAAGAACAAAUCGAUCAAACACCUACAGAGCCUCGUGAUAAAUUGCCUUUAAAGAGGAGCCUGAUCCCAUCAGAUGCCUCCAAAGAGAUUGACCUGAUGAACAAUGCUGCGAAGCAGAAAAUCCGUAAGCAAAGUGAUCAAACACCUACAGAGCCUCGUGACAAGUUGCCUGUACAGAGGAGCAUGAUCCUAUCAGAUGCCCCCGAAGAGAUUGACAACGCUGCAAACCAGAAACCCAGUAAUGAAAAACCUGUAGACAAGUCAGCAGAAGAUUUAUCAAUCUCAGGCCAACAAACAAACACAUCAUCCUUCGACAUUCCAUCAAGUUACAGAACAUUAGAAAAGAGGAUAGCUGAUCUGGAGAAAGAGACAAAGAAAUUGAAGAAAAAAGUUAAAUAUUUAGAGGAGCAAAGAGCAAAUACUUCAGUUUUGUAUGCUGGAGUAGAUUCCACGCAGGAAGAAGACCCAGAUAAGCAAUUAUAUAGCUUACUGGCCUUAGUUGCCCAUUUGUCCUGUAGUACUGAAAGAGACGCUAAUUUGAUUAUAAGAAGGUUAUCGUUGCAAGUGUUUUCAAAAAACGAGCUAGUUACCUGUACCAGGACUGGGAAAAAGACAGUCAAAGCUGGUGAAACUCCAAAACCCGCUCUAAAUUCUGAAAAAAUGGAUUUAUUAGAAAAAGCUUUCUUAUUUAAAUGCCCGAACAUGAUAACAGAUGCCUUCCGCAAAAAAUUUGACAAUGUGCUCAAAAUGGAACGCAGAAUAAAAUAAGUGUCUUAAUCUGGUGUUUAAACUGUUAAGAUGGCAUUUAAAUGAAUUGUUGAAUCAUGUCACAGUUGGUGACAUAGCAGCUGGCAUUUUCAUUUUUUGUUUGUUUUUGUUCACGGAGUUAUAGUUAUUGAGCAUUCUAGUUACUAUGGUAACCCGUACGGGCGUACUGCAUUUGAAUUGUUCCAGAGGAACUAGUGACCCACCAAUAACAUUUCUUGUUAAUAUUUUUUGAUUCAUUUUUAAUAUGCUUAUAAACAUUGGUAUUAUGAAUUGAUAAAUAUUUAAUAUUUUUGAAUUUAACGAAUAUAGAUUAAUAUAGA